UCCGUUGGGGAGAGCAUGGCGUUUGUGAGGUCGUCUUCUGUAAAUAAUAUAUCUCAUUUCUGUAGCGAUACACUGUAUUUAUUCAACCUAUUUCCCAUGGAGAGUAGAUUUACCUAAAUGCUGAAAUCUCACUGUAGAGGGUGACAGUUUUCUGCCAGCAUGUUUUCUGUUUAUCAGCUCGCUAUGCUAACUUUAGCCUGAUAUUUAGCUUCUCAGGACGCUAGCCAUUCAGCUAAUCAGAGGUUAUUACGGGAGCUUGUUUUCAGAAACCUGUAUCUAAAUAAGAUGGAUAUUUGAAAUGGCAUGUCAUCUGUAGCUUCGUGCUGAACUGACGCACAGCAAAGGUCAAGCUUGCCUUGAUGUUGGACCUCCUGCCUAGCAUGCAGCCAUGAGCUCUGCCCUGUGGAGCCAGGAGAAGCCCAGCGGGGGCUUCAGGGAGGACUGGCGCUUCUACAUGGUCAUCAAGGAGUGUACGGUGGAGAAGACCCCCCAGAAGAUCCUGAGGAUCCCCCGGGGCAGCCUCGGUCAGGCCUGCCAGGAGCGCAACAGCCUGGGGAGAACGCUGCCUCCAAACAAGGGCAAGAAGAGUCUCCGCAUCCUGGACCAGACCAACGUGGUGCUGAGCCUGGACGAGCGGGACGUCCUGGAGCUGGACGAGAAGCUGGCAGAGCUGCUGUUCCCCAUCACAAACUGCGAGGAGCGCUACGCCCUGCUCUGCAACAAGUCCCGGCUGGAGCGAGUGCGUGAUAUUGACUGUGGGUCCAAGGUGAGGGUCCAGCUGCGCUCGGGGGACGAACCUCUGCCCGGGGUGGUCCGCUUCAAAGGCUCGCUGCUGCCCGACAGAGCGCUCUCUGGAAUCUGGUUCGGAGUAGAGCUGCUGGAGGAGGGCCGGGGCCAGGGCUUCACCGAGGGAUCCUACCAGGGACGCCAACUCUUCCGCUGUGAGGAUGAGUGCGGUGUGUUUGUGGCCCUGGACAAGCUUGAACUCUGGGAGGAUGACGAUGACGAAGCUUUGGGUGAGCUGGAGGUGGACCACGUGAAUCUGGUGGAAGACGACCAGGACUUUCCUCCUCUGGAGAUCAACUCCAGGGUCCUGGUGCAGACCCGGGACGGGCCGGAGAGAGGGACCAUCAUCUUCUGUGACCUGCUGCCCGGGAAUGAGAGCCUGGGCUACUAUGUGGGAGUAGACAUGGACAAUCCCAUCGGGGACUGGGAUGGUAUGAUCGAUGGGAAGCUGCUGUGUAAUUUUGCCAGUUUGGAGCACACUCGACUCGUACCUAUCUGUGACGUAAUGCCAGAUUAUUCCAUGCAGGACCAAAGGCUGCAAAAGCACAGUUUUGCCCCCAGAGGCACCAACAGUGAAAAGUCGUCCUCUGGCCAAAGCAAACCAAAGAGCAAAGUUGGGGAGGACCCCGCCAAGUCGCUCACUGACACACCUCCCGACUUCAACCAGUCCCCCCCUCCCUCCCGAGCCCCACCCUCCGCCACUCUGUCCACUGACAACAAGUUCCACUCGCUCCCCUUCAGCCUGAACCGUAAGACGGGCCCCAUCGACAGCAUGAGCCACGGCCCCCUGUCGCUGUCCGUGCAGUCGGUGAUGGGGGAGCAGCCCGAGCCCCCGUCGCCCGCCGCCCCCCCAUCGCCGAGGCCUUCGACGCCCCCCCGAGGACAGCCCGGUCUGGAGGUGGGCUCUCUGGUGGAGGUGAAGGAGAACCCCCCUCUGUGCGGGGUCAUCCGCUGGGUGGGCCUCCCCCCCGGCCUGCUGGAGCCGCUCGCUGGGCUGGAGCUGGAGGAGGAGUGUCCUGGUUGCACUGACGGCACGUUCAAAGGCACGCGGUACUUCACCUGCCCUCCCAAAAAAGCUCUGUUUGUGAAGCUCAAGUGCUGCCGGCCCGACUCCCGCUUCCCGUCCCUGCAUCACUCCUCCAACCCCAUCGAGCGCUGCAACUCCAUCGCAUUUGGGGGGUACCUCAGUGAAGUAGUGCAUGAGAACACGCCUCCACGCACAGAGAACGACGGUCUGGAUGUCAUGGUUGGAAAAAAGAAAGGCAUCCAGGGCCACUACAACUCCUGCUACCUGGAUUCAACACUCUUCUGUCUGUUCUCCUUCAGCUCCGUUCUGGACACGGUUCUCCUGAGGCCGCGAUCUAAAACCGAUGUGGAAUAUUACCGAGAGACCCAAGAGCUGCUGCGCACAGAGAUCGUCAACCCGCUGCGCAUACAUGGGUAUGUUUGUGCCACGAAGGUGAUGAAGCUGAGGAGGAUCCUGGAGAAAGUAGAAGCUGCUUCUGGGUUUACAUCUGAAGAAAAAGAUCCUGAGGAGUUCCUCAAUAUCCUUUUCCAUCACAUACUGAGGGUGGACCCGCUACUCAGGCUAAGGUCAGCGGGGCAGAAGGUGCAGGACUGUUACUUCUAUCAGAUCUUUAUGGACAAGAAAGACAAAGUGGGAGUUCCCACAAUCCAGCAGCUGCUCGAGUGGUCCUUCAUCAACAGCGACCUCAAGUUUGCAGAGGCUCCCUCCUGCCUUAUCAUCCAGAUGCCUCGCUUUGGCAAAGACUUCAAAAUGUUCAACAAGAUUUUCCCCUCUCUAGAGUUAGACAUCACAGACCUUCUUGAAGACACUCCGAGGGAAUGUCGAAUCUGCGGAGGCCUGGCUCUGUACGAGUGUCGAGACUGUUAUGAGGACGGGGACAUCACGGCGGGAAAGAUUAAACAGUUCUGUGAAAAGUGCAAUACGCAGGUCCAUCUCCACCCGAGGAGGAAAACCCACCGGCACGGGAAGCUGUCCGUCCCCAAGGAGCUGCAGGAGGGCUCGGGGCGGCAGGGCUCGUUCCCCCGCCAGAGGAUGGAGCUGUUCGCAGUGCUGUGCAUCGAGACCAGUCACUACGUGGCCUUCGUCAAGUACGGCAGCGCGGACUCCUCCUGGCUCUUCUUCGACAGCAUGGCGGACCGCGACGGAGGGCAGAACGGCUUCAACAUCCCGCAGGUGUCCCCCUGCCCCGAGGUGGAGGCGUACCUGAAGAUGAGCCCCGAGGAGCUGCACUCCCUGGACCCCAAGAGCAUCGUGGGCCAGGCCCGCCGCCUGCUCUGCGACGCCUACAUGUGCAUGUACCAGAGCCCCACCAUGAGCCUGUACAAGUAGAACACCUCUCCCCCAGCCACCCCACCUCCCCCCUCCCCAAGGGCAGGAGAUUCCCAGAAAGACCAACAAAGUUAACCCUCUCCAGCCCAGCUCUCCUCUCUGGAGGUGGGAGAGAUGAAACCGAGAGAGGGGGGGGGAGAAGCCUCUUUGCACUGUGCAGUGAAGUGUUGUGUUCUUCAUAUGUAGCUUCCCUGUGUCUCACUGCUGAGCGUCGGUGGUGGAAGAUGGAGCGAGGCCUUAUGAAGACGCACUGGGCAUGCUUGCGUCGCCGCGACUGACAAAACACGUGCAACGAAAACAAGUGGAGCUCGUGGGAUGACCUCCUCCACCUCAUUUACCUUAAGAUAAGAGGAGUCGUGCUAUUCUUAAUCACUGUAACACACGGGGGCUUUUCCACAUCAUGCAGCGCGCAAAGCCUCAUCCAACUCUGCUCAAAAAACGUCUCUUAGUAGCAUAGAUUUCCUGAGGUAGUACCAUCAGCACUAUAGACGCCCCCCCCCCCCCCCCCCCCCCCCCAUGUAAAUGUCUUUCCAGUACAUGUUUCUUUGCAGAUAGCAGUAGCCAUUGUAGAAGUGUCGUACUGCACAUCUCGCUCUAACAAUGCUGCACUUUUUUUCUCCAUCCCCAAGUGGACCUAUCAGGAAACAUUUUGUUUUUGUCCUCCCAUUGGAAGUCACACCGAGUGCUAAUUUGUUGGUCGGGAGACAUCAGAGUUUUGUGUUACAGAAUACAAAUGUGCUUCUCCCCCGGUAAAGAGCGCUCUGCAUUGCAAAUGGCGAGGAGAUGCCAGAUAAAUGCAUGAAGGGAGACUUGUACAAUGGCUGCCGUUGUCGAGCACUCCAUGCAUUCAUGGGGUCAACGAGGUGAAGUCCUGGAAAAAGCCUGGCUGUUUUCUUUCAAUUAAGGGAGUAUGAUGUGAGGAAUUUCACAUGCAGUGUUUUUAAGUGUCUGACUCAUUGUGUUGAUGACUAAAUAUAAAUUAUAUUUUAUGUUUACAAAGCCUUUUUUCUUUUGCCCAUCAUGGCAAGUAUUGACUUUUGCUGCCUUCCAUGAAGAUGUGACAUGCAAUGUUUCACCAGAUAACUAAACAAUAUUAUUUAUUAUAUUCUAAUCCUAAUAUAAACCUGUGUGUGAUCCCUUUUUUAAGGAAAUGAAACAGGGUUGAUGAUACUGCUUUGGGUACUGCUUGUCCCUUUUCACAGUAUAAGGAGUUAUUGUAGUUUUCUCAUAGCAACUACUGAAAGUUAAUAGUAACACGUUGAACAGUGUAAAGUUAACAAAGGAUUGAAAUGAUGACGCACAAGGCUGGUAACCCUUGUGCGCAAUAUAUAUAAGUAUUUAAAGAAACAUUUACAUAUUCCAUUGUAAUCCAAUUUAAAAGUACCUAAAGCAUACCAUGGAUUGAGAAGUAGUUGUUUUUAUAUAUCACACACCAUUGGAUUGAACCAAGAAACUGCACAUGUUGGCAUUAGCCUAUAUAUAUUUUUCCAAAUCACAACUUGAAAAUUGAAGUAGUUGUGAGUAUAAAACAAAAGUGUGAAGUAUGCGGGCGUUUUUUUAAUAAAUGAGGUUCCAGCUGACACUUCCAUUUUGCUCUGUGGUCGUCUCCACUGUCGGGACUUCCUGUGUGAACUCCUUCUGCUGAAGCUCGUCUCUGACUGGAGCCUCGGGGUUUUGAUUUUUGUUUUCCUUUUUCUGUUGCAUCUGUACAGUAUAUACACAUGUAACGGGUGGAAAAUUAAUGUCAGUGAUGUUCCUGUAAAUGUUAACAAAAUAAAGCCCGUUUUGAAGGGUG